AUGGAUGAUUACCCGAAAGGGAGUCUGGACCACAAUGUCCCUCUCUUAAUGACGCUUGGCUUGCCGUCAAGCGAACCUGGCGAAGACCCGUUGCCACUCGACCUGAGGGAGCAGGCGACACUCCUUAGAUCCGAAAUUCCAGUCUUAGAAGGCAAGCAGGCUGAGGCGCUCUCGAAGUACAUUCAGGAAAGCGACGGGAGCAGGGGUCCAUGGAAUGGAAGCGACAACUCCAGGAGCCACAAGUUCCGAAUACGGCUUGCUGGAAGGACAUUUCUAUUACCUCCUCGCCGCUCGAGAUUGCCAGAGAACUUUGAUCCUCCUCCGACGCCAGUGCCCCUUCACUCGCCAUUCUCGCCCCUGAGUCCCUCGUGCGAUCUGUAUCCGGAUGGGAUGAUCAACCAUAAAUGGUUACAAAAACACCAAGAGCUGGUACCCAGUGUUGUGGCAUGCUUUUAUAGCUUGACAGCAGACCAGACCCUUGCCACUCUGCAUGACAACAGGAUCAAGGCCGAUAUAAACGGCCUCAGGAAUGCGAUUGCCCAGUCUGGCUACAAGUGCAAGCUUUCUGUCAUCUUCCUCGCUGAGGAGACGACACAGUCGCUUGAAGGUGUCUACGAACGUCUAGAUAACAUUCGAAGAGGAUGUGCCCUAGACACCAAGGCUUUCUUCUUCAUUCCGCCUCAAGACGACCUGGAACGCGCAGCAGACAAUGCUCUCUCCACAAUCUAUACGCAAGCUAUCGAGUAUUAUCGCGAUCUUGGUCGGCAUGCGAGAAAGAAGCGCGGUCGAGGCUAUGCGCCCCAGCCCGCUGUCCCCCCCACUUCAGGAACAUCCCAGACAUUGUCGCUCGCGGGGUGGAACGUUCGGUACGAUUUCAAGUCUGGCGUCUUUGCGGAAUUCCGCCAAGAAAUGGACGCUGCCUCAAAGUCCUUUGAGCAAGCUUACGAGAUCUUGAUGGGGACCGAGGUUCUAGACAUCGUGCCUAGCUGGAGUCCCAGGUGGAAUGAGGCGAGACUGCUGGCAGAUAUACUGGCCGUUCGCAUCCUGCGCUGUCUCUUCUGGAACGGGCAAUAUAGUGUGGCGGUAAGGCGGUGGCGUUCCCAUCGAGACAGGAUAGCAGAUUUCGUGGAUGGCCGGGGUCGGGGGACAAACAACUACGGCUGGGAAGCAUGGGAGUCUCGAUGGGCGCUCGUGAUGGUGGACUUGAUAACGAAGACCGACGUGCUGGAGCUCUACCAGGAUGAGACCACUCUCUUUCUUGAGCCAGAGAAAUCCCUUGUUGGGGAACGUCUCUACCCGUGGGAACACUUGCAUCAUCCGGGUUAUUGGUAUCGGAUCGCUGCCAAACAUCUUUCCAUCCGGCGAGCAAUGGCGCAGAGGAUACCAGAGGACGACCGCCGACCGCCCGAGAUGUCUCCAGCCUCGAAAGUUGCGCACAGGGCCUUCACAUAUGAGAACUUCAUGUGUCCAGACCCGCAUGAGGAGUUUCCUCUAGUGGGCAAUGGAGUUGACCAUUCCAAGAUGAUCGUAGACGUCUUGUUGAAAGCUCGAGCACAGUUUGAAACUCAUAAGCAGUUUCGACUUGCUGCUGAAAUAACGAUCGAAUGCGCUAGGGAGUUUGCGGCAGCGAGAGAAUGGCAAAAGGUGUUUGCCCUGCUACAUCCUCUCUGGGAAACCACGACAUUUAGAUCAGAGGACUGGCUCAACAUCUUUGAAGACCUGAGCUGGAUGCUCCGCACAGCUGCUGCUGAGACCAAUCGCGGAGAUGUCGUCGCAGCUAUUGAUUGGGAGCUCAUGAACAAAAAGUUCACACGGCGACAGGAUUGGCACUACGACAUUGCCAAAUCCCUCGAUGGAAUCUCCACACAAAACACCCAACCCCUGAUCAAGGUCAAUGACAGCCUGAUCGAUCCAUUCCUCUCAACUUCCUUCGCAUUCAAAAACGACCAGGGCAACGCAGGACAUGUAUGCCAGGCACAGCUCAGCAUUGUCUCCAAUGCAUUCCCGGACUCUGCGUCUUUGAGUCUCAAGCACAUCCGCCUCGCGUUCAACGGAGGAAUAAGACCUGUCUUGAUUGAACAUGAUGCAUCCACUGCAGGAACGGAGGCGUCUAUACAGCGUACAGUGGUCUCUGCUGUGGCACUACAAGAAGGGUUGACAGCCGAAGAGGUCUCUGAUGCAGGCCCGGUGCCUUAUCUGAGAGGGACGGGUGAUCUGACCAUUCAGCCAGGUCAGACCCGCGUCUUCCAACUGGCUCUUCACUUGAGAGAACCCGGGGAUGCUCGGGCUGUAUCUGCAGAACUUGUCUUUCAAUGCGCGAACUUCACGCUGGAGCAGAUGGUCAAGUUUCCAGAGGACGAGCCAGGCGGCUUUUGGUUCCAUUCAGCAACAUCUCGAAGACAUAUUUCAAGAUCUCAUCCAACCUCCAUACACGUUGCACCACGGCCACCCAAGCUAGAGAUUAACUCAUCCAACUUCCUCACUCAGUAUUACACAAAUGAGGCUGUCGAUCUCCAGUUUGAGAUCGUUAAUGCGGAAGACGCCGAAGCUAGCGUCAAGAUCGAUGCCGCUUUGACUGGCGAAACUCCACAAGGAUUCAAACUAAUUUUGAAUGAUGAUGACGGCGAGACGGCCCCAGCUGGUGAGACUGAAGCUAAGAUCAGUUCGCUGUCGUUGGGCAACAUUCCAAGCAAGUUGUCCUCGAAAGGGGCGAUCAGGAUUGAUCCGACAACCCUCUCCACGAGCUACGAGUUGACCAUCAAAGCACUCUACCACCUUGUAUCGGACCCUGAGACCCCUAUUGUUCAGACGGCCGUCUUCAAGUUGAAUUUCGUUAAUCCGUUCGAGGCAAACUACGACCUGAUGCCCAAGCUUCACCCUGAAUCAUGGCCGAGCAUUUUCGAUUCCGAAGGGAUCCAUGAUCUCUCAGAUGACGGUGAAGCUUAUGCUAAAGCUCGAGGUCUUGCGCAGAUGUGGUCCUUGAUCACGCGCUAUGCCUCGUUCGCGGCAGAAGACUUGAUGGUCAUGGAUAUUGAUAUUUCGAUCGCUCCGACAAAGGGCGUUCGCACCCAGACCAAGAAACGGGCUGUCCUCCCCGACGGAGGGCUGCAAGUGAAGCCCAAGACCAUCGAGGAGGCCCACUUCGAUAUCGAGGCACAGAAGCUCUCUCUGGAUGACCGGGAUCCCGCAAGCCUCGAUGUCACUCUUCUCAUUAGGUGGAAGCGUUUGACCAGUGAGACUGUCAAUACGACCAGCCUCCCUGUUCCUAGGCUCAGCAUCUUUGGAAUUGAGCCCAGGGUGCUCGCGUCGGUCUCUUAUCCAGAGGGAGGUGACUCUCUAGUGAAGCUCGAUAUCUGCAUCGAGAAUGCAUCGAACCACUUUUUGACAUUCGGCCUGGCCAUGGAGCCAUCGGACGAGUUUGCAUUCUCGGGAGCGAAGCAGACCACGCUGAACGUAUUGCCGGUGUCGAGGAGAGAUAUAACGUACAGGCUUCUGCCCCUCGUCCACGGCACUUGGGUCAAGCCCGGGUUGGUGGUGCGGGACAAGUAUUUCCAGAAAGUGCUGCGGGUUAUCCCUACGGAAGGGAUGAAGCUGGACAAGGAUGGGUUCAUGAUUUGGAUCCCUCCUCUAGACGACGAGUUCGAGGAGCCUAGCACGGACGAGUCGUGA